GAACUUGAGUAAACGCUGUUGCUGUCUGAUGCUAGACAUGGUAGACAGCUCGCCCAAGACACGCUUUGGAGUCAUAUGUGUCGCUUCCUCCUUUGCCUUCCACCAUAGUGUCUGGCGGCACAAUGUAAGGGAUGACACGGGCGGCAGGUAAUUAGCUGGUAUGAAGCCGAGUGAGUUGAGUCAUCUACAUCAAAGGCCCGGAAAAGAGCUUCCCUUCAAACACUUUCCCUCUGGAGAGCUCUUAAAAGGCACUACAACUCGCUCGUAGUCACAGUAUAUCUCCUGCAUAGCUCCGCAUCGUUCUUCGCCUCCGCGCGGCCACCAUCAUGCCAGCAUCUAUCGCCACCGCGGCCGCCGCCUCCCAUCAAAUAGAACGAAGUCUGAGAACUCUUGGCCUUGAUCUCUCCAACACGCUGAGAACAUUGGACCUGCAGACAGUGGGCUUGCUGGGUCUUCUGAUUCUGGCUGCCAUCAUUCUCUUUGAUCUGUUUGGCAAAGGGUCAAACUACGGUCACGCCACCUAUCCCGGGAGUGUCGGCGGCGGCACCUACGCUUCCUACGGCAGGAAAGGUCUGCUGGAUUCCUCGGCCUCAGGAACGUCCCAUCUGGAACCUUCUGCCCGCACCAGCCGAAGCUUGGAAUCCAUGGCGGAGAUUCUUGAGUCCGUGGCAGAGGCUGCACUGAAAUAUCGAGGGCGUGAUGCCGACGAGGAGCAGCAUGAGCAGAAGCAGCAGCAUCUCAUUUAAACUUAAUAGUGCUAGAUAGACUAGUUCUGAACUUCUAGCCAUCCAUGAUCCAGCACCAUGUACCUUGUAGCCGACGAGAUAAAAUUGCAUGAGAGAGGAAAACAAGUUAUUGUGGUCUGACGAUGAACAACAACCAGCGAAUGAUAAUAAUAAUAGUAAUAAUAAUAAUAAUAAUAAUAAUAAUAAUAAUGAUAAUAAAAUGUGUAGCCUACGUUGGUUUCAGCUAUUAUCAGAAAAUAUUAAUGUUCUAUCUAGAAAAUAAUUUGAAACUGUAACAGGUUUUUAGAGUUGUAAGUAGGAUAUCAAUUUUCAUUUUAUCAAUGUAAACUAACUAUCGUAUUAAAUGAAAACAACUGUAAAAACAAAAAUGAAAGAAAACUGGAAUAAGUAUCUCAUUAUGUUAUUCAGUAUAUACCUUAUUGCGUAUUUGAUGUAUUUGAUUUGAUUGUUUCACCUUACAGAAUGAAUCCUGAAAUAUUGUUAGUAUUUUUAUGAUAUAUUUACGUGAAAGUGUACAAGAUAGACCCAUCAAUAUAUAAACAAUUACGCAACGUU